AUGAGUUCGGUCGGGUUCUUGUUUUCACGUCUGAGGUCGGGUCAGAAUCUUCUAACUAGGGCUGCCUCGGUUUCAAAUUUGGUGCAUAUAAACAGUAACAGAUCAUUUUCUUCGGCAGAAGAUGCAUUGAUUGACCCUAAAAAGAACUCCGUUUCCGCUAAUGUGGAUAUUGUUAACUACAGUCUUGCAGGGUGUUUUAUCGUCGGAUACAAUGAACAUGGUUUUCAGCUCAGCAAUGCUGCUACAAUUUAUGGACCUAUGGUCUCUUUCCCACAAAAUGCGUUUUCAUGGAAUAUAAAUUCAGCCAAGGAAAUCAAUGAUGAGUCGAUCUCACUCUUUCGUGUUCUGUGUCCUAGUUUAGAAGUUCUAGUUAUUGGCAAGGGUGCUGCAAGUGAGGAGAUUAAUCAACGCGAAAUCAUGAAUAUGUGUUGGAAAUACAAUCUUGGUGUCGAAAUUCUACCAACGUCAACAGCUAUUGGCGUUUUCAAUUUCCUAAAUGCGGAAGGACGCUAUGUUGCUGCUGGUCUUAUCCCUCCCAUUCGAAUUGAUCUUAUGGGGGGAGACCUUUCUAGUUUGAAGCGCCUUGAAGCUGCAAGGGAUAUUCAAUUAACCAUUGGACCCUCACCGAAAAUCAGAAAAUUACCCAUGAUGGAACCCUCUAAAGUUCUUGCAAUGGCUCUGCAGACGACUAUUAUGCGACGAAUGGCUCUGAACUCAAGCCGUAAUGGAAGUCGGUGUUGGAGGUUCGUAUCGUCAAAGUCGAAAUCUUCCAGUUUGGAUGUGUCGGAGGAGGAGAAAUUAAUUCAUCCCUCUCUAAAGACUUUUGUCAACCGAACUGCAAUCGCUAUGCAAAUGCCUGAUAUGAGACGAAAAUAUGCAAUUUCUGACGCUCCAUUGAUUCCUAGCUACUUUCUUGGAAAGCUACAAUUGGAGCUCUUGGAAUAUCCUGAGAUGUCGACAAGGGAAGAAGUCACACAGGCCAUUUCACUAUUCACCACGGUCGAAGAGUACAUGCUCAAUCGAGUUAACAGUAGGCAAAUUGAUGAACAAGGCGCCUUGCCAUCGGAUGUGUUGAACGAUUGCAAAACAAUGGGUCUAUUUGGCCAAAGAGUGAACCAAAAAUACGGGGGGCUUGAUAUGAGCCCUCUGGAGUCGAUACUCGUUGGUGAGGCAAUGGGUUAUGAUCCCUCAUUGUUUGCCACUAUAACUGUGCAUGAGGCUCUUGCUAUGAAGGGCCUUCUGUUGGUCGGGACUGAUGCUCAGAAGGACAAAUAUUUGCCCCCUUUGGUUUCCGGUGAGAAGAUUGCUUCCUUCUGUCUUGCUGAAGCCUCUAGUCCUACGCAAAUGAAAACACGCGCCGUUCUCAGCACCGAUGGUACGCAUUACAUUCUCAACGGGUGUAAAUCCUGGGUUGUCAAUGGUUCUCGCGCUGAUGUCUUCACUGUCUUUGCCUUGACUUCAAUCCCAAACGACAAGGGCGAGGAAGAAGACAAGGUUUCUGCCUUUCUAGUCGAACGUGGUUUUGAAGGGACUAUUGAAUUGCAGCCCGCAUUGAAGUUAACAGGUCUCAGGGGUCUGGAUCUCGUCGACGUCACUUUCAAAGACGUUAAAAUCCCUGUAGCAAACGUACUUGGUGAGCUUGGAUCCGGUGCUGAACUCUCCGGUCGCAUAGCAUGCAUGGAUCGCUAUUUGAUGGGUGGUCUCUGCAUUGGUAUGUGUCGUGAUGUGUUGGACGCAAUGACGGAACAUUGCACAUCCCGUCAACAAAUGGGCAAACCACUCUCCGACCUUGGAAUUGUUCAGCACCGUCUCUCUCAAGCAGCCGCUCAACUUUAUGCCAUGGAGUCUGUCACCUACCUCGUUGCUGGUCUCCUGACUGCUCAACCUGAUCGUGACUUGAAGAUUGAGUCGACUGCUGUCAAGCUCUUUACAACUGAAACGACCAUCGCAUUGUUGAACAGUUGUGUUAACCUAGCAGGUGCUAUGGGAUUCACAAAGGUUCUUCCAUUGGAGAGAUAUCUUCGAGACGCUAGGGUGCUAACUUCUCUCUUGGGUGUGAACGAUGUGCUCCGAAUAUACAUUGGCUCUGCUGGCUUGAGUAUUGCAGGAAAAGAGAUUCGUCAGUUUGUAGAGUACGCUCGCAAGCCUUCAAAUCAUAUUUUCUACAUGCUGCGUGAAGCCAUGCGAAAGGACUGGCGAUUGGCGCGAAUUCGUCGCGGAAGGGGUUCGCCUGCCGUUGUCUCCUCUGCUCUAAAGGAGACAGAACGCGGAGUUCGUGUCUCUAUGCAGUUAUCAGAUCAUCUCCACCCAAAUCUGCGUUCAGUGGCUGACAGACUCUCUCGUGCUAUUAUUCUUACUCAUGAGAUUGCCAGACAAGUUUUCAUACUUCACGGAAAUAAUCCAAACAAAGAUCACCACUCCUUGUGCCUUCUAUCGGAUUUGGCUGUGGGAUUAUUAACAGUUACCGCCGUUAUUAGCCGAGCUUCUCGCGCAAAGAGUAUUGGAGUGAAAUACCAUAAUAACGAGCUAGAGUUGGCAGAACUUUACGCCCUGGAGACCCUGGAUAAUUUAGAAGCGAAGCUCUCAAGCUUCAAACAGAAGGCUAAUUUAAGCAAACGCAUCGCUAAUGUGAUGGUGAAGGAAAAUGGAUAUGCUUCGGCCAGUCCUCUGACUCGCGUCUGGUAG